AUACAAAUGGUUCAUUUGACAUAUUGAUUUUAAUUAAAAUCUUUUUAAAGAUAUUUUUUAAGAAAUGAGUAUUUUAAACAAGAUGUUUAUGAUUACUGGCGGAGCACAAGGUCUGGGAAAAGGUUUUGCUCUUGCUGUAUUGAAACACGGUGGUAAAGUGAUACUUGUAGAUAUUCAAAAAGAAACGGGCGAAGAAACGGAAAAUGAAUUCAAUAAAACUUAUCCAGGUCAGUCCGUUUUCUACCAUGGAAAUAUUUCUGAUAAAUUCAUGAUGAAUUAUAUUUGGGAGGACAGUGAAAAAAAACUCAACGGAAAAAUUUCCGUGCUUGUAAACAACGCUGGAGUUUAUUGCCCCUCCAACUUCAUUAAAACAAUGGAAAUAAACCUCAUAUCACUUAUGCAAACGACCUAUAUUGCUUUGGAGAAGAUGAGUAUCAAAAAUGGUGGCAAUGGUGGUAUUAUCAUUAACAUCGCUUCUUCUGCUGGUUUAUCACCAGAAAUAAUGUUAUUAACUCAUCCUAAUCCCAUCGAAACAAUACCUUAUUGUGUUUCCAAAUCAGCUACAGUAACGUUUACAAAGUCUUUGGCACUCUCCAAUAUACUGGAAAAUGAUGGCGUCAAAGUUGCUGCAAUAUGUCCCAACGCUGUUGAUACUCCAUUAGUAACAGGAAACGAAACACUUGUUAAUAUGUUGAAAUCUUUAGAUGUUGCUUUAUUGUCCGUAGAAAAAGUAGCUAACGACUUUAUUCAACUUUUAGAGGAUUUGCACAAUAAUAGCGCAAAAAGUGGAGAUAUUUUAUUUGUAGGGCAGGUAGCGAAUUACGUCAACACCCCAAAAUAUGAGCUACCUGACAUGUCCGGAAAAAACUGAAAAUGAAAAAUUGGAAAUAUAAAUAGCAAAGUUAUUUAAAGAAAAUUGUUUUAAGGACACAGAAUGAUGUUUAACUUAAAAAAUCAUU